AACUGUUUGUCAAAGGACACGGCCGGUUACUUGUAUAUAUAAGUCAUACGUGAAUCACGAGAACACAGACCAAAGACAGAAACACCGAACAGAAAAACAGGCAAGAAAGAUGGGUUUUAAUGAUACUGCCACCUUAAAGACCUCCAUGAAUGUGGCUCUUCUUAGCUUUCUGCUGUUGCUUGUAAUUGUAAAUGGACGCAUGACGAACAAUGAUGAAGAUCUUCUGGAGUUCCCUCUGAAUCUAGAGUACUUGGAAGCUGAUUUCUUUCUGAUCGGGGCCUCGGGUCAUGGAUUGGAUUCAGUAGCUCCACAACUAGCUGAUGGUGGACCCCCACCAGUUGGUGGCAGAUUGGCUAAUCUGGGCUUCUUAGUCAGAGACAUCAUCCUCCAGUUUGGAUUCCAGGAAGUUGGUCACCUAAGGGCUAUAAAAAGCACAGUGAAAGGGUUUCCAAGGCCAUUGUUGAACUUGAGCAGUGAAGCAUUUGGUGAAGUGAUGAACAAUGCAUUUGGGAGGCGUCUAUACCCUCCUUUUGAUCCCUAUGCAAAUGAAAUAAACUAUUUGCUUGCGUCUUACGUCAUUCCUUAUGUUGGCCUCACCGGUUAUGUUGGAGCAAAUCCACAGCUCCAGAACUUCACUUCUAAGGCGCUAGUGGCGGGGCUCCUGGGGGUGGAAUCAGGACAAGACGCGGUGAUCAGAAGUUUGUUAUACGAACGGCGGGAGGCGACGGUGGCGCCUUACGGAGUGAGCGUGGCUGAGUUCACGAAUCGGAUAUCGGCUUUAAGGGACAAGCUGGGGAAGGAAGGGCUGAAAGACGAAGGGCUCAUAGUGCCAAAAAACUUGGGAGCAGAGGGAAGAAUUUCAGGGAAUGUGCUUGCUGGUGACAAGAACUCGCUUGCAUACGGAAGAACCCCUAGGGAAGUGUUGAGGAUAGUUUAUGGAAGUGGUGAUGAACGCUAUCCUGGUGGAUUCUACCCUCGUGGUGCUGAUGGGCGUAUUGCCAAAUCUUACAGAGCAAAUAAUUAGUCAUUCUCAUAAUAGGCUUUUGUUGUUUGAGGCAGAAGAUCUUAAUAAGUUAUAUAAUAAUUAGAAGAUUUCUGCUUGAUCGUUUAUCUUAGACUGUACUUAGUCUGUGUUUGAUUUGGAUUUGUUACCGCUACAGUCUUACUUCAACAAAAGGCCCUUGGAAUGGUUGGGAUAAUGUUUUAUUGAAGGGUAAUUUCGCUUA